GCACACACACACGUUUGUAGGGGUAUAUAGGACCAGUCAGUAGGUUUGUUCAGUGUAUCGUCUCUCGUCCUACGUACCAUCACCAUGGCUUCCAGAUACCUAGAGACAAUCCUGCUUCUCUGCUGCAUUGUGACCAUGUUCAGUUCAACCUCAGCAGCAUAUGGUCCUCGGAAACUUUACUGUUGUGUGGAGUUCCAGGAAAAGCCUGUACCCCACACGCAGAUAAUAGGCUACAAACAACAGAGUUAUAAGGAGGUGUGCAACAAUGACGCUAUCAUCUUCUAUACCACGAAGAACAAGAAGGUAUGCGCCAGCAUUAAGGACGAGUGGGUGAGGACGGCUCUGGUUCGUCUCAGCUCCAAACUGAAGAAGAUAUCCACAGCAACACCGUGAUGGCCAAAACCCCCCAACCAACUCUGAAAGGAAGAUUCACCCACAGCAACACCGUGAUAGCCAAAACCCCCCAACCAACUCUGAAAGGAAGAUUCACCCACAGCAACACCGUGAUGGCCAAAACCCCCCAACCAACUCUGAAAGGAAGAUUCACCCACAGCAACACCGUGAUAGCCAAAACCCCCCAACCAACUCUGAAAGGAAGAUUCACCCACAGCAACACCGUGAUGGCCAAAACCCCCCAACCAACUCUGAAAGGAAGAUUCACCCACAGCAACACCGUGAUGGCCAAAACCCCCCAACCAACUCUGAAAGGAAGAUUCACCCACAGCGACACAACUUUUUCCAAUCGCAACUCCAACAGCACCAUAACCUUCAACAUCACCAGUAACAACCCCAUUGAGUAAUGUGGCCAAAUGAUGCAGAUUUAAUGCAUUGCAUAUCUGAGGUUUACGUUGUUGAGGAUUGUACUUUAUUCAUGCUCAAGCUUUCAGGUAUCUUCUGAACCCACAAUAUAAUCUAAUUAAGUUGAUUGCUUCAAUUAGUUAUAUUUUUCUGGUUUACAAUUUUUAUAUUUGUUUCUUUUAAGGCCUGCAGAAAUAAAUAUAUUCUAUUGCCUUGA